AACUUCAAACAAUAAAUAAAGUAACAUUAUAUUCUCCGAUUGCAACAAGAUAUAUGAACUUUUAUGGCAACAAAUUUAAAAAUUAAAUAAAUAAUGAGAUUAUUAUUGAUAAGAGUACUGCGUAAAGUCUGUGCAAGUAAAAACGUGUUAGACCAAGCGGACCGUCUCCCUAUUAAGCAAAAACGCGAUAUACACCAUAGCGCUUUUAGAUUAAAAAAAAAUAUUGGAAAAAUUAAAUGCAAAUAUGUUGGACACGCCUCUCUAUGCACCUACAACUAUCGCCACCCUGUCACUCGUUAAGACAAAAAUUAAGGAAAGAAGGGAAAAGAAACAGGGAAAUCAAACUACAGAAAUACUGAGAGUACUCCCAUGGCUUCACUAGCAGAUGAUCCUAUUAACCCUCAAGAUGUUUGCAUUGUCGGUGUUGCAAGAACACCGAUGGGCGGCUUCCUCGGUUCUCUUUCGUCUCUCCCCGCUACAAAGCUCGGUUCUAUAGCCAUCGCAUGUGCUCUUAAAAGGGCAGGUGUCGAUCCAUCUCUAGUGCAAGAAGUCUUCUUCGGAAACGUUCUUAGUGCAAAUCUAGGCCAAGCCCCUGCAAGGCAAGCUGCGCUAGGUGCGGGUAUACCUAAUUCAGUUAUCUGCACCACCGUUAAUAAAGUAUGUUCCUCAGGAAUGAAAGCUACAAUGAUUGCUGCACAAACGAUAAAAUUGGGUGUCAAUGAUGUAGUAGUUUCUGGUGGCAUGGAAAGCAUGUCGAAUGCGCCAAAGUAUAUCAAUACAGGAAGGACAGGGUCUCGUCUAGGGCACGAUACAAUUGUCGAUGGAAUGCUUAAAGAUGGCCUUUGGGAUGUGUACAAUGAUUUCGGAAUGGGCGUUUGUGCAGAAAUGUGCGCUGAUCAAUAUAAUAUAAAUAGACAACAACAGGAUUCUUACGCUAUUCAAAGUUUCGAAAGAGGUCGUGCUGCAGAAUCGUGUGGCGCAUUCAAAUGGGAGAUCGUUCCAGUUGAAAUUGCCGGGGGCAGGGGAAAACCAUCUACCUUCGUUGACAAAGAUGAAAGUUUAGCAAAGUUCGAUGCAUCCAAGUUAAGAAAGCUAAGACCAAGUUUUAAGGAGAAUGGAGGUUCUGUAACAGCUGGCAAUGCUUCUACUAUAAGUGAUGGGGCUGCGGCCUUGGUCCUAGUGAGUGGAGUAGUAGCAAUUAAACUUGGAUUGAAUGUUAUUGCCAGAAUCAGAGGCUAUGCCGAUGCAGCACAGGCACCUGAAUUGUUCACAACUGCUCCAGCACUUGCCAUACCGAAAGCAAUCUCAAAUUCUGGCUUGAAAGCUUCUGAUAUUGAUUUUUACGAAAUAAACGAAGCCUUCUCUGUUGUGGCUCUUGCUAAUCAGAGGCUGCUCAACAUUGACCCUGAAAGAUUAAAUGUUCAUGGGGGUGCCGUGUCAUUGGGACAUCCACUAGGGUGUAGUGGAGCACGUAUAUUGGUCACGUUGUUAGGGGUACUGAGGCAGAGAAACGGGAAGUUUGGGGUGGCCGGAAUCUGCAAUGGUGGUGGAGGUGCGUCGGCUCUUGUUCUAGAGCUCGUUAGUAAUCGGCCGGUGGUUCGUUCUUCGCUAUGAAUAGAGACAGCCAUCUGUAGUGAAGAUAGCAAUUAGCGUCCCGUUUAUAACUGAAGCUUUGGAGGACCGGGCGGUAAUCCUGUAGUAAUUAUAACUGUAAUAAUGUUUAUAUGAAUAAUGUUGUUGUUGCAAUACAUAUGUGCUGAACACUGAACUCUGAAGAUAGCAAUUAGGAGUGGAACUUGGAACGGAACUUGUGAAUUUCGCCCGAUUUCUAUUCGAGUUUUUUUCGAUUUUGGAAUAAUGUUUUUCAUUCUGAUUUCUGAAUAUUUGGAUGUGGUGUGAACUUUUCUGAUUUUUUUUUAAA